AUGGUCAAUACUGAUCGCUGCCAAGAAGCACUCAUCUACCUCAAGAGCAUAUCCAUCAAGGACAUGAACACCUAUAUGAUUGCACUCAAACUAUACAAGAAAAUCAAAUCAAACGACCCAUCUGAAACCUUUGACUCGAUGUCCAUGACCCAAUUCAUCUCAAAGCACCUCGUCCAUCCAAUCGACGAACGUUAUCUACACCACUCUAUGAUCCUCUUUUACACUGGCAACAACAUGGCCUAUCUCGCCAAACAAUACUAUCAAGAAAACUAUGCAUUCUUUAGCAUUGGAUCCAACCUCGAUAUUCACAUGAUGCAAGAACUCAUCAAUGAGGUGCUUGUCGGUGACAACCAAGCCUGCUCUGAUAUUUUCAAGUGUGUUCCAAAACGUGAACGUUACCCACACGAGCUCCUUGUCCGCAUGAGAGCCAUCUCUGAUGAAUUACCUCACGACGAAGAACUCAAACGCAUCCUAAAUAGAUCUUGGGCAUUUGUUACAAAACCAAAAUUCCUAUCACCAUCGACCAUUGAAUUCUUGGACAAAAAUAUAGUUUCAUCUUUGGAUACUUUUCAUAAAUGGGCUUAA